AUAAUGAGAUCCGAUCCACCAGCCCGAAAAGCCCCUCUAACGCAAUUGUGUUUUAUCAGGUAUCAUCAACCUACAAACACAACACCCAGCCACAAUGGGAUCAACAUCCACCACCCCAUCUGGGUCAUACACGCUCCGAUCUCAUCGCCCGGGCGACAUGGGCUGGAUCACUCACCGCCACGGAGUCCUCUACGAAAAAGAAUACGGAUGGGGUCAGGCCAUAGAACCCAUCGUCGGCAGAAUCACAGCCGACUUUCUCGACCAACACGAUCCUGAGAAAGAACGAUGCUGGAUUGCGGAGCGCGACGGUGAAUUCCUCGGCUGCAUCAUGCUGGUCAAGGAUAAAGCCGCCAAAGACAAUGCGGCCAAACUACGAGUCCUUCUUGUCGAGCCUGCUGCGCGCGGUCUUGGGCUUGGUGCUGUGUUGAUUGAUCAAUGUACGAGAUUCGCAAAGGAAGUCGGGUAUUCGCGGAUUACGCUAUGGACGCAAAGUGUUCUGCUGUCUGCAAGGCGGCAGUAUGAAAGGGCUGGGUAUAGGCUGGUUGCUUCGGAGGAGGAUGGUACAUUGGGUGAGGGAUUGGUCGGGGAGUGUUGGGAGUUGGUGCUUUAAGGUUUAGAUGUUAUGAUCAUUGAGUAACAGGGUGUUAGUGGUAUGAAUGCUUGAAUGUGUGCGUAUGUAUGCUAUGUAUAUAAGACAUAUCUCCUUUU